AUCAACAACCAUCGACUCCAAAGCUGACGCCAUGUUUACCAGGGGUAUCUAAAUCUAUACUGCGGUUACGGUCAGACUGAGCGAGAAGAUUGUUUUUGGUUUGGAGGUGGGAGACAAGAAUGUGAUUGGUGAUUGGGCAACUCUGCGGUGCACAAUCAUCUCAGUUUUAUUAUAGGUUGGGAUCAUCUGCAAUCAUCACCUAUCACCAAUAUAAUAAAAAUGGAUUCUGAUUCAUGUUCGUCGCAUAAACAAUCAAAUAGAAGCAAAUUUAAACGAAGCGAGCAUAAAAAAGCUCAUCACAAACAACACAAAAAAGGGCCGAAUUGUAAUGCAGCAGAAUCGAAGAAGAACAAGUCCAACGGUAGAAGCAAUGGCGAUUAUGAUAGCCAUGACGAAUUUUCAAAUAAAUUAUUAUCCCAACUGGAUUGUCGAUUCGCUGAGCUCAGCGAUGACGAUGAACCCGAGAGCGGCAAGGCUUUUGAAGAACUCUUGAAUGCACCGGUUUCCACUUCGUCUUUCACGUUUAAAAGUGAAAAAAAGUGGACUUGGGAUGCAUCUCAAUUCAAUGACUAUUUCUCGGUUGAUGUUAAUCAAUUAUCGAGGAUAUUUAACUGCAUUCCGUUCAAUGAAUAUGUGACCGUCGAGGAGAAAUAUCUCAAUAAGGACGAGCUCACAUUGAUUAAUUCAUCGGCGGAGCUCGCUAGGAAAGAUUAUGCCAAGGAAAUGGAGUCAUUUCUCAUUUCACAGCAGUCAAAAAUCGAUGAACAAGCUCGUCAGGAUAAAAAUUCUAGAAGUAAGAGUCUUAGAGCAACUCAACAGCAUGUUAACACUACUGAAACCAUGGAGGAAGAUCUUGAUUUUUUGUUGUCACUGAAAGAGCCUGUGCGGCUAUUACCUGCGAGUGCUCCAUCUGCUAAUUCGCGUGCUGCUGAAGAUUCAAAAGGAAAGAAUGCUGCCAAACCAACGAAGUCCAUUGACUUGGAGAAAUGGCUGGAUUCUUUACUCGACGACUGAUAUUUUUCUUUGGGUCAACGAUCUACAUGUGUAUAUUCUUGAUAAAUUAUAAAUAACGUACAAGAUGAAGAUCGA